GGAUAUUUCUGCAUAACACAUCUGAGACCAGUAUUGAAGAAAAGCAGGAACGGAUUAUCAAAUCAUAGAAUUUUGACGUCAAAUUUUCAUGAGCGAGUCCACGAACAGCCAACUUCAUAAGCGUUUUCCUGUUUAUUCCGACUGACUUAGAAAACGAGCGAGAUACUGUUGGAAAGGUCUCGUUGUCAGCUUUCCAGAUCAUUGGCAAACCGAGGAAAGUUUCUUAUGGACCUAAGCCAUUAAUUCUCGUGUUGCAGUUGACUGUAUCCUCCGUUGUCCAUUUCAUCCAGUGGCUAAGGUGAGGGUUAUUCCGUUUAAUCCCGUGCUAGUUUAGUACUACCAUUAUGGAAAGUUUAGUUUCGAAACAUGUUCCGUCUCUGUGAAUCGAGUCUAACUGGAGUCUUGCUUGUUUUUAUUUUAUUCUUUGUCUAAACCGGAGAUAGGAAAUUAGAUGAUUCAACUGUUGAUUGAUUUGUUUGAUGUUAAGACAGUUAUAUAUAAGUAUACAUAUAGUAUGGAUUGGUUAGCCGGAUACAGGGAAGUACUUCUGUAUUGGCCUGUUUGUGUGGAGAUUACGGGGCGUACAGGGAAGCACUUCUGUACCACGUAUGAGCUGCGGGAGUACAGGGAAGCACUUCUGUACUACGUGCUAAUUGUUUGAGUUGAGAUUGCGGGGCGUACAGGGAAGCACUUCUGUACCACGUAUGAGCUGCGGGAGUAUAGGGAAGCACUUCUAUACUACGUAGCAUUGUGUAUGAGGAGAAUGUGGGAGUAUAGGGAAGUACUUCUGUACUACACAUACUUUUGGUAUACAUGAAUAUUUAUAUAUUUAUAUCCGUACAAGGAGAAUGCAGGGUGCAAAGAAUAGCUAUGUACUAUAAACGCAUUGGUUGUUAUGUGUGGCACAAUAGGUGUCGUGUUUGUUCAUGCUAGAGCUACGCCUACAUAGUCGUAGUGCUAUGUACUGAGUCAGUGGUUUGCGGUUUAACAUCCCAUACCUCACUGAGUAACUCCCCUGUUGCUCACCCCUCUUUUCUCCCCCUUUCAGAUGCCGCCAAAAAGAGGAGGUAAGCGUACUCGCACCGUUAGGGUCAGAGCUGAUGCUCGUGAAGUUGUGGAUGAGCAGGGUGCUGCAGGGGGUGUUCAGGCAGAGGGUGUGCAGCAUGCAUCCCCACAGUUCGACCAGGCUGCGCUCAUGCAGAUGGUUCAGCAGGCAGCUACCCAGGCUGCUCAGACUGCUAUUCAACAGGUUACCCAGGAAGCUGCUCGUGUAGCUGCACAAGAAGCUACUCGUGUAGCAGCACAGGAAGUUGCCCGUCAGUUGGCUGCUGGUCAACAGAUUCCACCGCAGGAGAUUCCACCGCAGCAGAUCCCACCACAACAGGAUCCACCGCCGCAGAUGCAUAUUCCUCAGGUUCCUGUGCAGGGGGUUCCAGGACAGCAGCUCCCUCAGGGUUUACAGCAACCUUUACCGGUUUACCGUGCUUAUGAUGAGAGGUUUUACAGACUCACGAGUCAGAUGCGAAACAUGGAUAUGGAGCAUUUUGGGGGAACAGUGGAUGCUACAGUUGCACAUGAUUGGAAGCUUAGUCUGCAACGGAAAUUGGAGAUUAUUGAGUGUCCACCAGAGGCUUCGCUUAGGUUGGCUAUGCAGUAUCUACGUGGAGAUGCACUUGUGUGGUGGGAGGGAGUGCGAUUGGGCCACCCUGGGCCUGACAGGCUUACCUUUGCAGAUUUUAUCCGGGAGUUUGAUAGGAAGUAUUUUCCAAAAGAAGCUAUGGAUAAGAAGAAGAGUGACUUCGAGCAUGUGAGCCAGGGUGACAUGACAAUCAGGGAGUAUGAGCUUGAGUUCAACCGACUUCGCAGGUUUGCAGGAGGUGGUAUUACUGAAGAAGACCUGAUUAGAAAGUUUUUGAGUGGGAUGCGAGUCGAAAUUCGGAACAGAUGUCGUGUCGUCACUUACUACAGAUUGGGGGAUUUGGUGGAGAAAGCUGCUGAGCAGGAAGCAGGUUUGGCAGAGGAGCAGAAACUCUUUAAAUCAACUCAGCCUAAAGUUGGGAAGACUUUAGAGUCACAAAAGAGAACACUGGACGAGUUAGAACCACCUAGCUGCACCAGUUGCAAGCGCAAUCAUUAUGGAGAGUGCAUUAGGUGUCAUUCAUGUGGACGGACAGGCCACAUGGCGAGAAACUGCCGGUUUAAACCAUUGAAUGCAGAUUCAGUUAGACAGAUUGUUGAACCUAGAGCGGCUACUAUGGAUUGCUUUAACUGUGGCCAGCCAGGUCAUAUUUUCAGGGAUUGUCCGAGGAGGGAACAUGCAGAGGAUUCACCCCCGCCUAAGCGCCAAGCCAUCGAUCCAUGACUUUUUGCUACACGAGAUUAAGAGGAGGUUGAGCCGGGAUCCACUAUGUACCUUUUGUUAUUUUUAAUUCUUGUGGUUUAAUACGUUGUUUUUCUAUAACAAAUCUUUCUUAAUUACUAAAUUCGUAUUAAUCGGUUUUGGUUCAUGACAACUUUCGUCCUAGUUGGUACUAAGAUUAUUUAUUGCUUUGUGAGUUUGAGUUUGGUCAAGUGGUAGUUAUCCUAAGGUUUUUAUGAGCCAACGGUUAAUCAUAUUCUUACCGUCAACACAGAGAAGCGAAGUCAAGAUCUGAAUUCGGGACGAAUUCUAUUUAAGUAGGGAAGAAUUGUAACGACCCGGUUUUAACAAACCAUAAUUAAAAUUUGGUUUGAUUAUUUAUUUAAACUAAACCAAUCUGAAAAAUAAUUUCUCUUUAAUGGUUUAGUAAACCAGACAUGCUUAUAUAUUAAUUAUAAGUAUUUCUUUAUUCUUAAAACCUAAAACGUGAACUGUACCGCAGCCAUCUUUCAUCACCAUCAUCUUCUUCAUUAGCCACCUCAAGCCAUCUCCACGUUUCUUCCUCCAUUAGUUGGCUCAACGACCAUCAUUGACCGUCAUCUUCUGGGAGGAUAUUUCUGCAUAACACAUCUGAGACCAGUAUUGAAGAAAAGCAGGAACGGAUUAUCAAAUCAUAGAAUUUUGACGUCAAAUUUUCAUGAGCGAGUCCACGAACAGCCAACUUCAUAAGCGUUUUCCUGUUUAUUCCGACUGACUUAGAAAACGAGCGAGAUACUGUUGGAAAGGUCUCGUUGUCAGCUUUCCAGAUCAUUGGCAAACCGAGGAAAGUUUCUUAUGGACCUAAGCCAUUAAUUCUCGUGUUGCAGUUGACUGUAUCCUCCGUUGUCCAUUUCAUCCAGUGGCUAAGGUGAGGGUUAUUCCGUUUAAUCCCGUGCUAGUUUAGUACUACCAUUAUGGAAAGUUUAGUUUCGAAACAUGUUCCGUCUCUGUGAAUCGAGUCUAACUGGAGUCUUGCUUGUUUUUAUUUUAUUCUUUGUCUAAACCGGAGAUAGGAAAUUAGAUGAUUCAACUGUUGAUUGAUUUGUUUGAUGUUAAGACAGUUAUAUAUAAGUAUACAUAUAGUAUGGAUUGGUUAGCCGGAUACAGGGAAGUACUUCUGUAUUGGCCUGUUUGUGUGGAGAUUACGGGGCGUACAGGGAAGCACUUCUGUACCACGUAUGAGCUGCGGGAGUACAGGGAAGCACUUCUGUACUACGUGCUAAUUGUUUGAGUUGAGAUUGCGGGGCGUACAGGGAAGCACUUCUGUACCACGUAUGAGCUGCGGGAGUAUAGGGAAGCACUUCUAUACUACGUAGCAUUGUGUAUGAGGAGAAUGUGGGAGUAUAGGGAAGUACUUCUGUACUACACAUACUUUUGGUAUACAUGAAUAUUUAUAUAUUUAUAUCCGUACAAGGAGAAUGCAGGGUGCAAAGAAUAGCUAUGUACUAUAAACGCAUUGGUUGUUAUGUGUGGCACAAUAGGUGUCGUGUUUGUUCAUGCUAGAGCUACGCCUACAUAGUCGUAGUGCUAUGUACUGAGUCAGUGGUUUGCGGUUUAACAUCCCAUACCUCACUGAGUAACUCCCCUGUUGCUCACCCCUCUUUUCUCCCCCUUUCAGGUGAGACUGUCGAGCAUGAGUGAUUGCUAUCGGAUUGGUGCUUUUGGGCGUUUACUUCUUUUCAUUUCAGACUUGCGGGUUUUAUGGUUUUAUCGUAUUUUCUAGAUUUAUUCCAUUAUUUGGAUUUAUGACUAUUUGUCGGAUUUAUGAUAUUUGCAGACGAUUUAUGAGGAUUAAUAAAUAUAGAUUUCACGAUUA